AUGGAGGUUCUGUUUCGAGCUCGAAUAGUGGACAAGUUAUUGCUGAUUGUUGAGUUGAUCACAUUCCUUGCAGGGUUUGAGAUUCUUGCUUUUCCAUGUAAUCAGUUUGGGGCUCAAGAGCCAGGAUCAAAUCCAGAGAUUAAACAGUUUGCUUGCACACGGUUUAAAGCUGAAUUCCCAAUUUUUGACAAGGUUGACGUGAAUGGCCCAAACACGGCACCUGUUUAUCAGUUCCUAAAAUCUAGUGCAGGAGGAUUUUUAGGUGAUCUGGUUAAGUGGAACUUUGAGAAGUUUCUUGUGGACAAAAAUGGUAAAGUUGUUGAGAGGUAUCCACCAACAACGUCGCCUUUCCAAAUAGAGAAGGAUAUUCAGAAACUUUUGGCAGCAUAACUUGUCUGGAGAUUGGUUCCUGCUGUAUGUACAUAUGAGAGAGGAAAAUGAAGCCUUUUAUAUGUUUACAAUUAAAUGUUUCACUCUCAACUUUUGCUUAAAAAUGACAUGAAAAUUAGAUA